AUGGCGCCGAUUGUGGAUAGUUCCGCCAUCCCUGGCACGGUCACACUUGUUGAUCUGCAACACGUUCUGAACACGCGUCAUGUGGACGGGGGAAAUGGGGAUAUUGUUCUUAUCCCAACCCCGUCUGCGGACCCGGAGGACCCCUUGAAUUGGAGUCCGAAGAGGAAGCUCCUGUCCACUAUUUGUGUGAGCGUAUAUACAUUGUUCACGGGUAUUGCCUGCUCGGUCGUCUACUCUGUCGAAACCCAGCUGUCCGAGGAGACUGGUUUGUCGGUCAGCACGAUCAAUGAAGGCACAGGGUAUAUGUUCUUGUUGGCAGGAUGGGGUCUGCUGUUCUGGCAACCAUUCUCGAUGCAGUACGGCAAGCGGUUGACAUAUCUUUUGUCGAUGGCGGGUGUCUUGGCUAAUGAACACACCAGACCAUAUGCGGGCACUAACGGCCAAUGGAUCGCCCGAAAUGUCCUCUCGGGCUUUUUCACUGCUCCCAUUGAAGCCCUGCCAGAGAUCACAGUCACGGACGUCCACCAGUACUUUACACAUGAGCGAGGAACUUACAUGGGAUUGUAUGCCUUCUUCCUGGCUGGCAGUAACUACUUUGCACCUGUGAUCUGCGGUUUCAUCGCUCAGUACCAAGGCUGGCGGUGGGUGUUCUACUGGCCCAGUAUUUUCGUCGGCUGUGCCCUAGUCUUCCUGUUCUUCUUCAUGGAAGAGACCAACUACGUGCGCGAGCAAAUUCAAGACACCACCAUUGCGAAUGUGCGGGUUGGCUCUUCCCACAGCUCUCAAAGUAGCGACCCGGAGAAAGCCGUGCCAAAGGCAGAACCCAUUUUGACUGAGACUGGGGAGAUCUAUGCCAAGAAGACCUAUGUGCAAAAGCUUUCCCUCUUGGCUCCCAAGCAGAAGCAGAACAACAUGUUCCGACAGCUUUGGCAGACCUUGUAUUACCUUUCCUGGCCGGUCAUUUUCUAUGCUGGAUUCUCUUACGGAUCGUACUUGGUCUUCUUCAACAUCCUUAACGGUACUGCUUCAAUCAUUCUGGGUGGAAGUCCGUACAAUUUCGGCUCUUCCAUGGUUGGUCUGAGCUACCUCGCAUGCAUCUUGGGCGUGGCUAUUGGAUCCCUUUUCACCGGCCGAUUCAGCGAUUGGCUGACUAUUAAACUGGCUCGUCGCAACGGAGGUAUCAUGGAAGCCGAGCACCGUCUAUGGCCCUUCCUGGCAUGUCUGUUCCUCGUUCCCGGAUCCCUCCUUCUCUGGGGUGUUGGUGCUGCACACGAGGUCCACUGGUUUGGUCUUAUUGUAGCGAUGUGCCUUUUGGCCUUCAGCAAUACCUGCGGCAUUACUCUCAGUGUCAACUAUCUGGUAGACAGCUACCGGGAGUUGAGUGGCGUGGCGAUGGCGAGCGUGAUUCUAGUGCGAAACACCAUGUCUUUCGCCAUUGGGUACGGAAUUACACCGUGGAUCAACAACAUGGGCUACCAGAAUUGCUUCAUCUCAGCGGCAUUUGUUGGCAUGGCAUGUGCGGCGGUCUUCCUUGUGAUGAUCAAGUGGGGCAAGGCGUUCCGAGUGCGUAGUCGCGAGAAGUACUGGCAGAUUGUGCAGGAGAACUGGGAGAAGGGAAUGGGACAUUAG